UAAUGACUCCCUGAGGCUUGCUCUUAGAAUGCUAGACCACUUUUUCCUGUCGGCUCGUCGCAGUCAGUCCUGCACGGUCUCAAAUCAGCGUCUGCAAGGCCUAUUCAUCCUGUACCCCGAUUGACGAUGGAGGAUAAGACUACCCAGCAACAGAUAGGUGAAGAGCCUAUCAAGGACAAUGCCGUCGAAGGAGAGGUGCUCGCCUACAAUGGAGACGAAUAUGGCCCUGAUUCGCAGUUGUCGCGGACGCUGGGUUCGCGCCAUCUGCUCAUGUUCUCAGUGGGUUCCUCCAUUGGCAUGGGUCUAUGGUUAGGAUCUGGCACUUCUCUCGUCGACGGCGGACCGGCUGGUAUCUUCAUAGGAUACUGUAUCGCAGGUUCCAUCGCCUGGGCUCUGAAUCAGUCCAUCGGCGAGCUGGCGAUCAUGUAUCCUAUGGCCUCUGCAUUUCCUCAAUGGGCUCGCAAGUUUAUCGAUACCGCACCUGCUUUCACCGUUGGCUGGGCAUAUUGGUUCUCCGCGGCUAUUACUCUCGCUAACGAACUCCAAGGUGUUGUCACGGUGCUCAGUUUCUGGACAGAUAAAGUUCCUACGGCAGCUUGGCUCUCAAUUUUCCUCGUUCUUAUUUUCCUCAUCAACAUCAGCGCCGUCAAAGUCUUCGGUGAAGCGGAGGUCAUCAUGUCCACGAUCAAGCUGUUUUGGAUAGUUGUGGUUAUCAUAAGCUGCAUUAUCAUCAGUGCUGGAGGAGGACCAACCCAUGAGAAGAUAGGUUUCCGGUACUGGAACUCUGAUCCAUUCACGCAUGGCUUCAAAGGGUUCCUGUCGGUUAUGGGAACGUGUAUCUUCGCCAUGUCCGGUUCCGAGAUGGGCGGCAUCGUCGCCGCAGAGGCCAGUAACCCCAAAAGAGCUGUUCCGAAGGCUGUCAAUUCCAUCUGGCUUCGUCUCAGUCUCUUCUAUGUCAUCGGGGCUCUCAUGGUCACGAUCACAGUCUCACCAAAGGAUCCAAACCUCUUUGGUGGGACUGGUAUCAACGCCAGUCCCUUCGUCAUCGCUUUCCGUAACGGCGGAAUACCCGGUCUUGCCCACGCCAUGAACGCCAUCAUAUUUAUCAGUGUGUUCUCCUCUGGAAACGCGCAAGGCUACGCAGGUUCUCGCACACCCAUUGGCCUGGCCAAUAUCGGAAUGGCCCCGGCCAUCUUCAAGAAAUGCGACCGCCAGGGACGCCCAUGGGCCGGUAUUGCCAUUACUUUCCUCAUCGGAGGAGGCCUGUGCUAUCUCAACGUUAGCAACUCCGGUGCGACCGUCUUCACCUGGUUCUCUAACCUCACUUCCCUCUGCACUUUGUACACUUGGGGUAUCAUCUUCCUGGCCCACAUCCGAUUCCGUCGCGCCUGGAAGGUACAAGGCCACAGCCCGGAGGAACUGCCCUGGAAGACAUGGACCUACCCUCUUGGUGCUUACUGGGGACUUGCCUGGUGUAUUAUCUUGAUUAUCGUAGAGUUCUACAUCGCUGUGUGGCCACUUGGUGAGAAGAGCUCCGCCAAAAACUUCUUCGCGAAUUACAUUUCAAUCGUGGCGAUGUUGGUCCUGUAUAUCGGUGCCAAGAUCUACUACCGGGGACCCUUCUGGAUCAAGGCUGAACAUAUCGAUCUCAACACAGGCAGAAGGUACUACCCCACCGAGGAUAUGGAAAAGGAAGCUGGAAACCGCACCAAAAGGUUCGGUCUCGCAAGUAUCACCGGAUUCCUCACCGGAGAGUCCAAGAUAUAAGAUAACUUAUAAAGCAUCACUUAUGUCCGCAGCUAGGAAAUAAAAAAGAAACCAGUUGCAGUUGAAAUUUGUACCAAGUCCGUGUUAUCGUCGUGUACUAUGUAUUUCCAUAUCUUAGUUGAGCCUUUUAGCUAUGGCACUAUUUUCAUAAACUUUGACAGCUUUUGACGUGUAUAUUAAGACCUUCAAGAGCUUGAAAGCAAUCAUGCUGUGAAGGAUAGAUGAAAUCGGACACGAGAACUCGCAACCAGGCGAUAAGCCGACCAUGUGUAUCCAUAUAUACAGAAAU